GAAAUAAUGUUAGCGGCCAUCUUGGUUUCUGUUGUGGGCAGCGAGAGCGGAGCGGCGGAGAACUGUAACACUGACCGCGGUAAUUUUUAGCCCACACACCGAUAGAAUAAUCGAGGACAGCCCGCCUGCUGUGUGUGUCUGCGUUGUGAGCUUUGUCUCACCCGGCCUACGUGUGGAAACUCGCUCCCGUCGGACCAGUCGGACUGGUAGCCUCCGAGCUAAGCUAAGGCUAGCCGGGGGAGCUACAGCGGGUUGGCCUGGCUGAGUGGGUCAGCAGCCGCCUGGAGGCUGCAGCUGUGCGCGGUGACAAUUGGAAUCCCCGGGGCCGCAAACUGCGAUCAAGCCGGAUCGAACACCGAAUGGUCAGCACGCUGUAUGCUCCUUCCACACGGGGAGAGGUGAAGAUGCCUCGGCUGCGGCCGUAGUCGGAGUGUGAAAGUGUUAUUGGAGGAAUGUGGAGAGGCUGAGGCUGCGGAUCAGGCUUGUGUCUGUCGGUGUUAAUCCCCUUAUUCUGCUCUUUAACUGGUCUUUAACUCCCCGUCUGCGGGAUGGACCCGUAAAAUGUCCCCUAGCAGACCGUGUUCAGGACUGUUUGUGAUGGUUUGUCGCCGGUGUGUAUCGGAGGCCGCAGACUGAGUAAACACAGGGAUUGACUGGAUGGUUGGCGGACAACAGCCCCUCUGUGGCCGGGUGGUGUUCAUGUCGGACCGGGACUGAGGUGGAUGUUUGUGCACACAGAAAAACGGACUGGACAGAACCGAGAGAGCUCGGGUUGAAGGCCCACUGCAUUCUGGGAUAGUGAACUGAAAGGUGAAGGUCUAAUAUUAAACAUGGGAUCAGCGACCAAAGUGGCCUUCAGUGUUUUCCUCAUCUCCUGCUGCUCAGGUGCAAUCCUGGGUCGCUCCGAGUCUCAGACGUGUGUUCACUACAACUACAACCCCUCAUCAUCGUCAUUGGCAGGGGCAGCAGAGAGUCGGAUGAACCAUAGUGGUCUGGAAACAUGCCAUGGCGACAAAGACAAGAGAAAGCACUGUUUCGCCACCUGGAAAAACCUGUCUGGAGUGGUAGAGGUGGUCAAACAGGGUUGUUGGCUGGACGAUGUCAACUGUUAUGACAGGAAUGAGUGUGUGGAGAAGAAGGAUUCUCCUGAAGUCUUCUUCUGUUGCUGUGAAGGAAAUUUAUGUAACGAGAAGUUUUUCUACAGCCCCGACAGCACUGUCCCACCUCUAAUACCCACGCCCAAUAAGCCGGUGUCUGGACGUCCGGCGGUGCUGACCAUACUGAUGUACACACUGGUUCCCAUCAUGGCUCUCACUGCCAUCGUCCUGUUUUGUUUCUGGAUGUAUCGACACCACAAAUUGGCCUACCCACCUGUCCUGGUGCCCACACAGCAUGCCUUUCAUAUCAUGGUUGAGGACCCGGGUCCCUUGCCCCCUUCACCUGUCCUGGGUCAGAAGCCACUGCAGUUGCUGGAGAUCAAGGCCAGGGGGCGCUUCGGCUGCGUGUGGAAGGCUCAGCUGCUCAGCGAAUAUGUGGCUGUGAAGAUCUUCCCCAUCCAGGACAAACAGUCAUGGCAGAAUGAGUAUGAGAUCUACUGUCUGAACGGGAUGAGACACGACAACCUGCUGCGAUUUAUGGGCGCUGAGAAGCGAGGCAAUAACCUGGACACGGAGCUGUGGCUCAUCACUGCCUACCACGACAAGGGUUCUCUGACCGACUACCUGAAGGCCAACAUCCUCUCCUGGUCUGAACUGUGUCACAUCGCUCAGACCAUGUCUCGAGGACUUGCUUACCUGCACGAGGACAUACCUGGACACAAAGACGGACACAAACCGGCCAUCGCACACAGAGACUUUAAGAGUAAGAAUGUCCUGCUGAAGACUAACCUGACGGCCUGCAUCGCAGAUUUCGGCCUUGCUCUGCGCUUUGAAGCUGGUAAAUCUCCUGGAGACACGCAUGGUCAGGUUGGAACCAGGAGGUACAUGGCCCCCGAGGUCCUAGAGGGCGCCAUUAACUUCCAGAGAGACGCCUUCCUCAGGAUUGACAUGUACGCCCUUGGCCUGGUCCUGUGGGAGCUGGCCUCACGCUGCAAGGCUGCCGACGGUCCGGUGGAUGAGUACAUGCUGCCGUUUGAGGAGGAGGUGGGCCAGCACCCCUCUCUGGAGGACAUGCAGGAGGUGGUGGUUCAUAAGAAGCUUCGGCCGACGCUCAGAGAGUGCUGGCAGAAACACGCGGGUUUGUCCGUCCUCUGCGAGACCAUUGAGGAGUGUUGGGACCACGAGGCUGAGGCCCGGCUGUCGGCCGGCUGCGUCGAAGAGCGGGUCGUCCAGAUGCAGCGACAGACCAGCGUCACGACGACAGAGGACAUCGUCACCGUGGUCACCAUGGUAACCAAUGUGGACUACCCACCCAAAGAGUCGAGUCUAUGACCGGGCUGAGGACCAAUCAGAGCGCUGCAGAGACUCCUUAGUGAAACACAGGGCUCUGAUUGGAUGGAGGAGUGCAUCCUGUUUUUCCUACAAAAUAAGACUUUUUGUACAAAAUGUGAGGAUUGAGUGAAAAAGGGCGAUUUUAGUUUUCAGACUCUGCUGCCAAUAAAACCAGCUGCUGAAUGUGUACAUACUGAUUUAUAUUAUUGAUUUACUUCAUUAUUGAUUAUCAGUUAUUGAUCCAGCCAGAAUGACUAAUGAUGAAGACCCUGUAAUGGUGGGUCAGCCUCAGAACUGGACCCACAAUCAAUACACCUGGCUCUUACAGUCCACCUGACCCAGUCCUCUCCUGAAUUAGUCCUCACCAGAACCUGACCUGGUCUUCCAUCCCCCUCCAUCAUCUUUGUCAUUUGGCGUGUUUCCACUGCAAGAACUUUGGGGUGAGUGUGCAUGUGUGUGUUUGGGGGGUGGGGGUCGUGAUCGUUGUAUGACCCAUUUGGCUGUAGAAUCCAAUCAGUGGCUGCACAUCUGCUUUGGUCCACUUACACUAUUCCUUCUUUUGAGAACUUCUCAAUUCUCCUGAUUCAUACUAUUUCGUACUCAUCUUCUACAGGGUUAUAAAAAUGCCACCUGUUUCCUUCUCUGGGUCUACCCAAUCAGCAAACCUUUAAGCUCCAUCCAGGAGUUUUCAGUCCCAUUUGGAGAAUCUACCCCAAAGUAGGAACUCCAUUAGACCCUGUAAUUUGACCCGUGGGGGCGGUUCCUGCAGUGGAGACAGGCCCAUUAACUAUCAUGAUAAUCAUGGGUCUUUAGCUCAGAUGUUACAAAUGUUUCCUUCGCCAAAUAUUUAUACAGUAAAUAAAA